AUGCAUCCGUCUAAAGUACUUGCUCUUACCCUUUACGGUGUUCUCAGCGCUAUCGCAGCUCCAAUCGAGGACUGGGUGACCACGCUAACCCAAAUCUCUGAGAGCGCUCUCGAAAGCUGGGCUCCGUACACCCAGCUCACAAAGGCUUGUGAUGCCGUCCCUGGAUUCGAGCCUAGCCUUGCCGCUGGAGACGGAAAUUAUGUCCAAUACUACUUUGUUGGGUACUGGCCCACCAACAACGCUGUUGUUGUGGCGCACCAAGGGAUAGAUCCCUUGAAAUUCGAAUCACUUUUCAUAGACAUUGAAAUCGUGCAGACACACCUCGAUUCGGCUCUCUUUCCCGGCGUCCCCAGCAAUGUCAUGGUGCAUGAGGGUUUUGCUGAUGAGCCUGCCAAGACGGCUCAGAUCAUUCUUGCUGAGGUCCAAAACCUCGGCCUCAUCUCGCAGCAUGGUGCGACAGAGGUUUUCAUCGUUGGCCACUCGCUUGGCGGUGCUCUAGCAGAGCUUGAUUGCCUCUAUUUGACGCUCAAUUUACCUUCGAACAUCCACAUCAAGGGACAAACGUACGGCACGCCACGCGUUGGCAACCCUGCCUAUGCAUCAUCUUUCGACAGUAGGAUCAACGACUUCGUUCGCAUUAAUAACGUCCGAGACCCCAUCCCUACGCUUCCGGGGGAAUUCUUAGGGUUCUCCCACGUCCAAGGCGAGAUCCACAUCGUCUCUGACUCGGCAUCGGAUACAAGCGACGUGGCUUUACGAGUGCCCCGGCAACGACGAUGCUACGGAUGA